AUGGCCGCCAUUAAGAUUUUAACCAGUACUGGGCUUUUCUUAGCAUUCUGUGCUUUAGGUUUGCUUGCAAUGGCCAUCUCCACCGACCACUGGUACGAAACGGAUGCACGGCGACACCGGGAACGUUGUAAAAACUACGCAAACAAGCGGAAUGACCCUGGAUAUAUUUACAUCUCGAAUCACAACCUGCCUCUCCAAAUGCCUCCAAAGGGCACUGAAAAGAAAGUGAAAGGGCCAAGUGUAGGAUUACUACCUCGAGAAAAGCGACACUUCUUGGCUGCAGCUUCGUCCAUGGAGUCCCACUGUAGCCGUCAGUUUAACUCUACCGUAUCUGGACUCUGGAGAAAGUGUCACCGCGUUGGUUUUGAUCUGGAGACAGAAGACCUUAUCUAUAAAGGGUUAGUUCAGAGAUGUACACCAGUAAAAUACCAUUACUCCUCCUCCAUUCUCCCUCGAAAUCUGCCAAUUAAUAUUACUAAGACUAUCCGACAGGACGAGUGGCAUGCCCUGCACCUGCGUAGGAUGACUGCAGGCUUUGUGGGCAUGGCUGUGUCCAUCAUCCUCUUCGGCUGGAUCAUCGGUGUGCUAGGCUGCUGCCAGCACCAUGAUCUUAUGCAGUACGUAGCUGGACUACUCUUCCUCAUGGGAGGAACGUGUUGUAUCAUUUCCCUGUGCACAUGCGUGGCAGGGAUCAACUUUGAGCUGUCACGUUACCCUCGUUACCUGUACGGUCUACCGGAGGACAUCAGCCAUGGUUACGGUUGGUCUAUGUUCUGUGCUUGGGGGGGCCUUGGUCUCACACUGUUGGCAGGUUUCCUGUGCACGUUGGCCCCCUCCCUUAGCACACCCUCUGCUCGUUCCACCAUCCACAAACCGCGGCAGGAGAACGGCACGGUGUGA